AUGAUAUCAUUAAAAUCAACGAGAAGCAGUCACACAGAUAUAACCUCGGAAUUGACCUUAACAGGAAGUUGCACACUUAUAGACGUUGGAAGAGUGGAAGCGUUUAGUACACUGAGAGAAAUAGAGUGCGAGUCGAUUAUGUCGAUGGGAACGAUAUCUUCAACGACACGCCACAUAAAACAAACAAUACGCACACAUUUAUACGGACUCUGUCCCGGCUGUCACGAACCAAAGAUAGAUCAAGUAUGGUGUGGAUUUUGCUUAACGCCGCAUGUUAGCCAAAGUUGGACGUCCGGAGAUCGAGUAUUGGAUGAGUUUAUUAGAAAUACGCAGAAAAAUGUGAGAGACUAUCAUGAGAGAUUUUUGGAAUGGGUGCCGUGGGAAAGGAUUGGUGAGAUUAGAGUUCGCAAAGACAAGAGUGAACAAAAGUAUGGGAAAGCGUUCAUAAACGAUAAGAACAGUGCGGGACUUGGAAUCGGAAAAAGACAGGUCGCUGUUUGGUUUGAUGGUGAAAGAGAUAGACGUAUUGGAGAUCGAACUGCGCCUGUUAAGGUUAUCUUAGAGCCAUUGGAUUGUGAUGGUUUUUUUACAUCCGAGUAUCUUGAGAAGUUAAUCAAAAAGUACCCAUUCAUAACGUCUCCCGACAACUACACGAUAUACGGGUUCACAUACAAUCCUUCUCUUCACCCACUCGGUUCUUCUCUCUUAUCUUCAUCCUCUCUUCCAAAUUCCUUUUCAGUUUCUUCUUCUCCAACACGCCCAACCUAUUUUCUUCUCAUAAACUAUCGCGCUCCCACCCUAACCGAGCUCUAUUCCCUCUGCCUCUACUGCCAUCAACCGAAACUCGAUCCUCUUUGGUGUGCCUCUAAUGCCUGCGAACUUCCUAGUUUCAAUCCAAUCUCCUCCGAUAACAGUGAAAUAGACGAAUUUGUUUGGGCAACGCAGAGAAUUGUUAAAAAACGGCCGGACACUUUCUUAGAAUAUGUACCAUUUGGAAGGUUUAAGAAUAUCCGAAAAAUCGGCAUGGGGUGUUACAGUGUUAUGUAUGAAGCGAUUUGGAAAGAUGGAAAGAGAAAAGCAUACGAAAAAGGAAGGACUAGUGAGAUUAAGGUUGCGCUGAAGCUGUUAAAGGGAACGGGAAGUGAGAAUACGAGUAGAGGCUUUUUUGAUGAGCUCAAAACUCAUUACCUACGUACCAGUAGUGCCCACGUCUACUUUCCAACGCUUUAUGGCAUAUCUCAAGAUCCCUCUACUGGGGAACUUAUUCUUGUAACCCAGUUUGCUGCAAAUGGUACCCUCCGUGACUAUAUCCGGUACGAAUUCCCGACAAUAUCCUGGCACACAAAGUUAUCGAUAUUAAAAACUGUAGUCUCAGGAUUGAACAGCAUACAUGAAUUGGGCAUGGCACAUGGAAACUUACAUAGUGGGAAUGUGUUAAGAAGUUAUGGUUCUCGAGAAUUGGGAAUUGCAGGUGAAUUUUUCUUGGCUGAUUUUGGUGUUUGUAAAAGUUGCAUACUUGAAUCGGAUGAGGACAAGGACCAGGGCGAGGAUGAAGAUAAAAACGAGGACGAAGGUAAAAACGAGGACGAAGAUAAAAACGAGGACGAAGAUAAAAACGAGGACGAAGAUAAAAACGAGGACGAGGAUAAGAACGAGGACGAAGAUAAGAACGAGGGCGAGGAUAAGGGCCAGGGCGAGGAUAAGGGCCAGGGCGAGGACGAAGACAAUACGGGACAAUUAAUAAAAGAUGAAAUUGGAACCGAAUCUAAAUGUGAAAAUCCAAAUGACGAACACUCGGAUGUUGGUAGUAAUAACGACGCAGUGUUCUCACACCCUUCACCUGUAAAAGGCGUUCUACCUUACCUGUCUCCUGAAAGCCUACAUUCUUUUCCGCCUACGCCUUCUUCCGACAUUUACAGCCUGGGUAUUCUGAUGAGCGAACUAAUGACUGGUACUUUUGCCUUUUCUUCUCGAGCACAUGAUUACGAUCUCGCCCACGAUAUCUGCCUUGGUCUUCGCCCUAAAUUGGAUGAAGAUAUAAUACCAAGAAAGUACGUUGACGUGGUCAAGCAAUGUUUAAAUGCGCAGAGUGAAGAGAGACCGAGCGCGGAGAGUUUGUGCGAUAUCUUUGAGGAUUGGAGCAAAGAUGAGGUCAUGUAUGAGGCGUUUUUGAACAUGGAGAGAAAGACAGAGAAAGUGGGAGAUGACAGUAAGCAGUCAGAUGGCGACGGUAAAGGUGGAAAUGCAAUGCACGAUGAAGUGAUAUAUCAUUCCCGGGUGUUUGCGUUUCAUGGAUUGCCUACUCCAGUUAAUGACGGUCUGACAAAUAUAGAUGUAAAGGACAAUCACGUUGCUUAA